GGAAGUGUUUGCGUUGGUAUGAUAUCAAAAUAAAAUAUACCCUAAUUGUUAUGGAUACUAAUUCAUUACUGUUGUUAGUCUUAAACAGGUUACAUGUAGUUGUCUCAGUCAGUCAGCUUAUAAACCCGAUCAGUGUUACAAUUUAAAGAGAGUGGUGCAAUAUUGUUUAGUGUACUGUAACUUAGGUUUUGCAAAAUUUCUUAACCGAAACAAAUUAUUAGAGCGGUCCAAUGUUUAUAUUUGUCGUCAGUGGAUUACAGUAAACUUUAUAGACACGACUAACGUCCGACCAUCUCACUAUUGUUAAUAAUCGGUUUUUAGUUACUUCAAGAUGCGUGUUAACUAUAAAAGAUUGACAGUAGCGGGUGCAAUCCUCGUGAUAACUUAUGUUUUGUUAACCUAUUCCUCUGUUAUGGAUGUGCCUGGAGCAAGUCCUAGAAAUAAUGUCAAAAUUCUAUCAAAUAGACUAAACAAUCUUCAAAAACAAAUGGAUGAGCAAAUGACUAAUAGUAAUAAGUUAUUGCAACAAGUAAAACAACAUUUAAACUUGAAAUCUAAAAAACGGCAAGAUGAAGAAUUUGUACAAGAGAAUGAAUUAGAUUCUCCAAAUAACCUCGUCCUGCCGGUUCUGUUAAUAGCUUGUGACCGAGUCACUGUUAAGAGAUGUCUCGAUAAUUUAGUUAAAUUUCGACCGAACAAGGAGACUUUCCCUAUAGUGGUGAGCCAGGAUUGCGGUCACAAUGCGACGUAUCAAGUGAUACGCAGUUUCGCGGACGCCGACCCCACAAUAACAGUUGUUCAACAACCUGACCUCUCCGAGAUACCUCUGCCAAGAGUCAAGGCCCGUCUUAAGCACAACACGCGCCCGGGUGCAAGUAGUGCUCUAGCGCCCCCCAGCUCACUUUUUAUACAUAUUUAUAUUAGAUUAUCAUCGGUGCGGCGCUCCUCAACGCGCGGCAGUCGGGUGUAUAGCACCCCCUGCACCAGGGUGAAGACGGGCCUGCCUCUUUAUAAUAUGAGUAUAGAUGUGUUAGAUGACUUGGAUAUAUCACAAGAUUUCUUCGAGUACUUUCUGGGCACAUAUCCUCUUUUACUCAAAGAUCCAAGUCUGUGGUGUAUAUCAGCUUGGAACGACAACGGCAAAAAAGAUGUAAUUGACUUAUCCCAUCCCGAACUACUUCACCGCACCGAUUUCUUUCCUGGUUUAGGUUGGACUCUACGAAAGAAUACUUGGUUAGAUCUCGAGCCAAAAUGGCCUGAAGCAUUUUUCGAUGAUUGGCUCCGCGAUCCUGAGAAUACCAAAGGUAGAGCAUGCAUCAGACCAGAGGUUUCGAGAACAUUCACAUUUGGAAAGAUAGGCGUGAGCAAAGGACUGUUUUACGAUAUGCACCUUAAAGCAAUGCAACUGAACAUGGAGUACGUUGAGUUCACUAAAUUGGACCUUAGUUACCUUCUUAAGGACAAUUACGAUGUCGAAUUGGAGUCUAAAGUAGAUUCACUGCCUGAGAUGACAGCUGAGGAAGUAAUCACUUCUUCAACUAUUGGUGAACUGUCACCAGUACGAGUUACGUACUCUAACGCCAAAACUUAUCAGAAGGCCGCAAAAAAACUCGGCCUCAUGGACGACUUUAGGAGUGGUGUACCUCGCACAGCUUACAAGGGUAUAGUGUCUUGCUUCGUGCGAGGGAGACGGGUGUAUCUUGCCCCCUCGUUCCCUUGGACCAAAUACGAUCCCAAUUGGGGCUAGUCGAUUAAUUUUAUAAUCCCGGUUGGGGUUAAAACGGGUAUUGACUAAAUAUUUCCGGGACCAAGUAUGAACUUGGUUUUGUGUGUGUAAAUAUUUAAAAUAGAUAGAAAGAUCGACAUUUUCCGUCACAUCUCAAGGUUGUUAAUUGAUGUCACCCACUAAACAACCAAAAGGUUAAAUAAAUAUU